AUAUAAACCCCCUUCAUGCAUAAACCCUUCAAUUCUCUCUCUCUCUCUCUCUCUCUCUAUCCACAAUUCUCUCUCUUUCUCUACUUCUCACUGAAGUUGAAGUUGAAGUUGGUCUGUUCACUGAAAGAGAAAAUGAUGAUGAUGACUGAGAUGAGCGAUCAAAAGAGAAGAUACCAUAAUGAUGGCUUCAUGCUUAGUACUGUUCAAGCAAGUGAAGAAGGGGGUUGUUCUACUAAGAGAGUUAAAACUGGGGCAGGCUCAAUCUCUCCCAAGGAGAAGAAGGACAAGGUAGGAGAGAGGGUGGCAGCCUUGCAACAGCUUGUCUCUCCCUUUGGAAAGACAGAUACAGCUUCAGUGCUUCAGGAGGCAACAGGAUAUAUCAAAUUUCUUCAUGAGCAACUUCAGGUGCUGAGUGCUCCAUACCUUAGAACAGGACCAGAUGGCAACAUUCAGGAUGAGGAGCAUUGCAUCUUAAGAAGUCGAGGCCUUUGCCUUAUGCCGAUAUCUUCAACACUGAAAAUUGCUCGAAGCAAUGGUGCUGAUCUAUGGGCUCCGACAAACGCAAGCAGUAGGUGACUCUGAACAAUUCAAGUAUCGAUAUGCUCAUCGGUCUACAGGUUUUACGCGAUUAAUCUGGGAAGUGGUGCUGAUGACACAGUGUCAUUGAGAUUGUAGAUUAUCUACGGUAAUAGAGGAGAAAGAUAUGAUCAAGAAUCUAACUCCAUUCGUUUCAAAUCCUGACAGGAUGAUUCCAUUCCAAAUUGACCGGUAGCUCUUGCUUCAGUCUCUAGUGAAGCUUGAAAAUAUGUAUAUAUUUCCUUCUUGUUUAACCUCGUGAGUGGGUUGACAUAUAUGUUGAAGGGGUUGUUCUUCAGUUCUGAAUGACAACAAUUUAUUGUUAUGAGAGUAAUGUAAUAAGGAGUGAUGGUAAAUUUCUAAGGUUCAUUGAAUAAAUGAUGCUACAAAACAGUA